AUGGUAGUGACCGGUAGAAAUAUUGGAGAUAAAGUGUACAUUUCAAGAAUGAACUUGAUCCCUUCAGAUUCAGGAUUGUCAUUUAAGUUCCAACGGAGACAAUUUCCAUUAACAGUAUGCUUUGUAAUGACCAUUAACAAGAGUCAGGGUCAAUCAUUAUCACAUGUAGGAUUUUAUUUGUCAAAAUCAGUGUUCACCAAUGGACAACUUCAUGUUGCUUUGUCAAGAGUUAAGAGUCGCAGUGGCCUCAGGAUUUUAAUUCUAGUCAAAGACGGCAUUCCAAAGUCAUCAACAACAAAUGUCGUGUUUAAAGAGGUUUUCAAUAGUAUUUAG